AUGUCUGUCGCAGUAGUGGAUAUUUCACAGGCCGACUCUAACAAGGCCGCUCAGGAGCUUGUGGAUGCUUGUUCGACGCUUGGAUUCGUGUUCAUUGAAGGAUCUGAGUUCACUCAAGCUGACAUUGACCAGGCUUUUGAUUUGUCGAAAGAGUACUUCAAACUGCCUGUUGAGGAAAAGGCCGAGGUACCUAUUACACCUGAGAAUCACGGUUACUCGCGUAUCAAUUUAGAGGUGUUGGAUCCUGAGAACCAGCCCAAAGGUGAUCCUAAGGAAGCAUUCAACUUUGGCCAGUUUUUGCACGGCCGUCCUCAGCACGAACUGCCAAAAUUUUUCGAGUCCAAACUUCCUGAACUGACGUAUUUGGAGUCCAAAUGUCAUGCUUUGUGUGUGACUUUAUUGAAACUUCUUGCCAAGGGAUUAAAGAUUGAGGCUGAUAAGGGCGGAGACAACUGGUUUGCCGACCGUCACAGACCCAAUGAGAAAUCCGGCUGUAUUUUCCGAUUCUUGUACUACCACGCCCAGAAUUCUGCUUCUCCUGAAGAGCAGAUUCGUGCUGGUGCUCAUACCGACUACGGAUCUUUGACUCUGUUGUUCCAGAAAGAGGGUGAAGACGGAUUAGAAGUGCUUUCUCCCGUCACUAAAGAAUGGACCCGUGUCAAGUUUGUUCCCUCGAGCAAACCUGGAGCUGCUCCUCCUAUUAUUGUCAACGUUGCUGACCUGCUGAGUUUCUGGACCGCCGGAAUCCUCAAAUCGUCCAUCCACAGAGUCCGAUUCCUGCCCGAAGCCCAAAAAGCCGGCCGCGACAGAUACUCCAUCGUCUACUUCUGUCACCCCGAGAACGACGCCCUCCUUGAGCCCGUCCCCAGCCCCAUCGUCGCCCAAAUCGAGGCCCGUGGUGCCAACAGAUCCGACAGAGAAACCAUCACCGCCAAACAGCAUCUCGACAAACGUCUCGCCGCUACCUACGGCUGGAAGAAAUAA